AUGUCUAAUGCCCACCUUAAUGGCCUUGUAGUCACAAUGGGAGGAAACACAUCUGUUAAUAAUUCAAAUUUAAUACGCUUUAUGACAAUUCUGACCAUGAAAUCACUCGACAGUGCUUUUUUCAUGUUCAUUUUUAGCAUCAUGAUCUACUCUUUAAUUUUGUUCUUCCACUCUGUGUUACUUGUGACUAUUGUUGCAAAAAGAGAUCUACAUAAACCGAUGUACAUACUGCUGUUUAAUUUGUCCAUAUGUGACCUUAUGGGAGCUACAGCUUUUUAUCCUCAGCUGAUUUGUAGUAUACUGUCUGAGACGAGAAAAAUCUCCUACCCUGCCUGUGCUUUGCAAGGCAUCGUUAUUCACCUCUAUGGGGGCGGAUCUCUUUUAUUUCUCACUGUUAUGUCUUACGACAGAUAUAUUGCUAUUUGUAAACCUUUAAAAUACCACAAUCUUAUGACACAAGGGACGUUGAUAAAAAUCAUUUUUAUGGUCUGGUCUUUUAAUUGUGCUACUACUGGGAUUUUAUUCAUGCUCACACUAAGUAAAGAAAUCUGCAGGACACAUAUAGUGGACACGUACUGCAAUAAUCCUUCUUUAAUGAGGUUAAUCUGUGAGGAUACACGAGCAAUUAACUACUAUGGCUUGCUUUGUAUAGUGCUUGUUCAAGGCUCCUCUAUACUGAUAGUGUCAUUAACAUAUAUAAAAAUCCUAAUUACCUGUCUUUCUACAAAACAGAAAAAUUCUAUAAGUAAGGCAAUGCAAACCUGUGGGACACAUUUAAUUGUUUUUCUGACUUUUGAGAUUAACGUAUUCUUAACACUGCUUUCUCACAGGUUAGAACCAGGAUCUCCACACUUCAGAAUAACUUCAACUGUCAUGUUUCCUCCAUUUCUUAACCCUCUAAUUUAUGGGUUGAAAACAAGGGAAAUUCGGCAAACAAUUUUUCAUUUCUUCCAAAGAAAGAUUUCUUCUGUUUAA